UUCUGCUCAAGGCCGGGGAUACUUAUGCGACAAUAUUGUUUUUGCACGGUUUUCUUAUUUAAUUUCUUGAAAUUCAUUUGCAUGUCUAAGGCAUUAAGAUUUGUCUGAGUAAGUACACAAAGUGACUGGGAACAGGAGAAACUAAUCAAUAUUUUGUGUGAAUUUACGUAUUUGAUCUAAGGUAAGUCAUACUUGUGUUUUUUAUUUUAUUUAUUUAUUUUGAUGGGUUGGGGUAAGUGUGUGGGGGUAAGUGUCCGCAGUUUUGAAAUGCGUAUACUUACCCCAUCGAAGUAACAAAACAUAUCAAGUAUUUUUUUACCUUCCAGAUUGAAAAUGCCUCGAAAAUAUAUAAGGAAAUGUCCCGAUCGGAAAGUCUGUACUCAAGAGCAAACUGAUAAAGCCAAGCAGUUGAUUGGAGAAGGAAAAUCGAAACGAGCCGCAGCAGAAAUUGUUGGGAUCAAUAAGAGUACUUUGAGAAAACGUUUAAAACUCAACUCCACUGCAACAUCAAUGGGGAGAUAUCAACAAACAUUUACACGUGAACAAGAGGAAGAAAUUUACAAUCAUUGCAAAUCUAGUGACGAGAGCUUCUACGGCCUUACUUUGAAUACACUGAGAAAAUUGGUUUACAAAUUUGCAGAAGUGAAUGAAAUAGAGAAUAGAUUUGAUAAAACAACAAAAAUGGCUGGAAAAGACUGGGUCAUCCUGAUUUAG